AUGCCAGCGGCACUGGCACUGUCGUGGCACUCUGCGCAGUUCAACGCCGUGUGCGCUCUGGUCCUGGUCGUGCUGCCGUCUCCACCGCACAGCCAGGCGGAGCAGGUGACGCCCACGCGUUUCCACAGCUACAGGCUCGUCGCCCUCGACUACGUGUACGUGGCGUCCGUGGUGAUUCCGGUGAUCGUGGUCGCGCUGUCCUUCUGCUGCCUGCUGACACUGACAAGUCCUCUGCGGACUGUGGUGCCCUCCAGAGAGUCGGUCUCCUUCGUGCAGGAACGCAAGACGGAUGACAUCAUGCUGCAUCCGUACAAGUGGGUCUACCGCGGUACCGACCGCAGCUUGUCGUCUCGGAAGCUGCAUAUACACGGCAGGAGGCCGCAGUCUCCUAACGACGACAGCCUUCGCUACCCACCGCUGCGGAAAGUGCGCGGAAAGCCGACAGGAUUGGCUUGCUUACAUAGCACGUGCGUAAAAUAGCUUUCUGAAGCAAACAGAACACUGGUCGCGGUCAAGUUGCAUCGUCGGCUGGAGCUGAGACCACUAACGCAUUCACAACAACGCACUAUUACUAAGGACGAAUUACGUACAGUGUCGUCCCAUC